AAGAAGAUGAUACAGCACCAAACCAGAGCAGUCCGCUCCGCUCCCCCACACCAAGAAUGGAAGCUACGCUCUUCAUCUUCCCCUCUUGCAAACCGCCGCCGUCGCCGCCCUCAUCGGCCUUACAAACCCUCUCCCUCAAAUCCCAUUUCAAAAACCCACUCUCCUGCAAUCUCCAUUCCCCCUCUCCCCCUCUCCGCCGCCGCCCCUCAAUUCAGGCCGCCAUAAGCCGAAACAAGAAGGAGGAGACUGUCGAAACGGUCAAGCAGCAGCUCGUCGACUGCCACCUCCUUGCCGGAAUCAAAUACCAAGGCUUCACCGUGAAACAAUUCCAAGACCUCCGGAAAUUGCUCCCGGAGACCUCGAAGCUCAUCGUGGCCAAGAACACUCUGGUCUACAAGGCGAUCGAGGGCACUGAAUGGGAGGUCCUCAAGCCCUGCAUGAAGGGCAUGAACGCCUGGCUGUUCGUGCACAGUGAGGAGAUCCCGGCCGCCAUCAAGCCCUACCGGAGCUUCCAGAAGGAGCGGAAGCUGGAGGGCAAUGACUUCGCCGGCGCGGUGUUCGAGGGCAAGUUCUACCCGUCGGAGGAGGUCAAGGCGCUGGAAUCGCUGCCGACGAGGGCGGAGGUUUACGCGCAGCUUCUCGGGUCGCUGCAGCGCCCCGCCGCCGCCGUGGUGGGGACUUUGCAGGCUCCGGCGAGGGACUUGGUGCUGCUGCUCAAGGCCUAUGUGAAGAAGCUCGAGGAGAGCCAAUAGCAUAUGCUAUAUGCUGCUUUUAAUACAUGAUGGGUGGUAGAGCAGAUUCUACAGGUGAAAGGCAUAUUGUCUACCGGCUUUUUACCAAUUGUGAUGGAUUGAGGAAAUGGAAUAAGAGUCAUCUUUGCAGAUUCACCGUCUGGUUAAGAUUUAUGUUGAUUAUUCUGUUAUGUCUGAUUAGUCUACUCUUCGACAUCCUUAGCUUAGAGAUAUGGUUGCUUGAAAUUAUGUUUUAAAGGGUGAAUGCUUGGUCUUCUUCAUGAAAGGAAAUGGAGUUUAU